CAGAUGUUCUUUUGGGGGGGGGCAGUGAAGGGGACGCAGUCCCUGAAAGCACCAAAUCCCUGAAAACCAAAGCAUUGCCUGAAACAGUGUUGGCUAAGAGUACAGAUAGCAUCACACCUGAUGAAGCUCUGUCUGUAGGAGCGCCUGACAUUACACCAGAAGAAGCAAACAUCAAGAGGCAGCCUGAGGUGGGACCUGACAGGCCUGGGGUCAAAGGUCAACCUGCAGGAGAAACUGAGAACGGAGGUGCACCCACCAUGUCCAAGGGACAGGGAGCAAAACCAACCAAACCUGACUGUGGACCAUCAGGAGUACCAAAUGGCCAGUGGAUGAAGAUACCUCGGCCAGGUUAUAAUGGAGGUGCUGCUGGAGCUUCUGCUGGCACAAACACAAAAGGUUAUGGAGCAGGAGCUGGUGUUCCCAACGGAUAUGGUUCUCAACCCAACGGAUAUGGUGCCAAUGCAGGAGGAUAUUCAAAUGGAGGAGCAGCUAAAGCAAAUAAACCAGGUUAUGGAGCAGGAGGCUACACUGUCCCUGGACUGAGCAAUGGAUAUGGAGCUGGACUUGGCUAUCCUUAUGCAGGGAAACCUCAGCAACCUGGCUAUGGACAAGGAGCAUACCUUGGAGCUGGAUAUGGAAAUAGAAAUCCAUUUGGAGGGUAUGGAAACGGAAAUGGCUAUGGUGCUGGUGUACAGCCAGAUUUUGCUGGUCUUGGCCAAGGUGUACCCACUGCUAAUGGCAAAUCAGGUGGUGCCAGACACAUGCCUUACAAUGGAGCUCCAGUGAUUCCUGCAGCUCUAGAUGGAAUGAGUCAGUUUGAGCCUCAGUCGGCUGGCUUUGGUCCAAAUGGAAAAAGCGGCAGCAUGUACGGUGGAAUGGGUGGCAUGCCUGAUGGCGGUCAGCCCCAGGGAAUGGGUGCAAAGACAUCAAACGCAAAGUAUGGCAUCGGUGGGUUGCAGUUUGGUGGACAGCAAAUCAACAGAGGGACUAAUGGAGCAGGCAGUUAUGGAUAUGGUGGAAGUCCCUAUGGACCUGCUGGUAAUGGCAAAUCAUCUGGAAAAUAUGGGUAUGGUGGGUACCCCAAUGUUGGGCAACUUCUCGGCCUUGGCAGUAACGGACCCACAGCCGGGAAAUAUGGUUAUGGAAGAAUGCCUUAUGAAGCUCAGCCAGCUGGACUGAGUCCUGAAGCCAAAUCUGCUGGCAAAUAUGGUCCAGCUGCAGCACAAUAUCAGCCUGAGCAUCAUGGACUUGGACAGAAUGGAAAAUUAACAGGUGGUGGUGAAGUUCCCUACGCACCUCAAGCUCUUGGUUAUCAGGGUCAGACGAAGUCUUCCAGUAAAUACGGUAACCAGGGACCCUACCAGUCACAGCCGCUUGAAUCUGCAUCUGAAGUCAGAUCUGGUGGAGGAUAUGAAACAGCUGGUUUAUCUUAUGAACCGCUGCCUGUGGAGCCUGAUUCAACAGUAAAAUCCUUCGUGAAGGGAGGGGUACCGACCCCAGAGAUUGCAGUUGAAGGGGACGGGAUUGAUAGAUAUGAAAAUGUGGGCUAUAUAAACGGACAAGUGCAGCCAGAAGUUGUUAAUUUCCCAGCAGCCCCAACUCCUGGCCCCACUCUGGACUACCCCUCUGUCCCGUCCUACAUGCAGGUGGACUCCUCCUUCACUCCUGAUGCUGUACCUGAAGCAGGUGUAGAGGACCUACCUGACCCUGCAGGCACAACGAGCCUCACCUUAGACUCUGCACCCGCUACAGAAACGCAGGGUGUUCUUCAGCUGCCUGAUCAACCUGAUGAUGAGCAGCAGCUGCCACGUCAGAUACACAUCCAGCAGCAUCUUAAACUGCAUUUUCACCAAAAAGGAGCAAAGAAUGGAAAAUACGACUUGAACGGCUUCUUUGGGAAUAGUGGCUACCAAGGUUAACCUCACCGACAACGACAACUAUCAUCUGCCGUUGUAAAUUAUUUUUUCACUGUUUCCAAGUGUACAUUAUUCUUACUCUCUUCUGUCUGUAGAAUAGUCCGUGUGUUUUUGUUUGUUUGUAGUGAUAUCAUUUAGACGUUUGGAGUUGUUAGGUUAUUCUGUUCAUGUUUAUUGUGAUGUGUCUUCAUUACCUUUAUGUCAUGCACUUACUGUUUACUCUACAUGAAAAGAUUUAGUUAGAGGAGCAAUGAAGUCAGUUAGUUUUUUUUUUUUUUUUUUUUUUUAAUUGAUGUUAUUUACUCAAA